CAACAGCUAGAGACAAUGGCGGAAAACUACAUUUUGUACUCGUAUUGGCGAAGUAGCUGCUCGUGGCGCGUGAGGAUCUCGCUGGAGUGGAAGGGCAUCCCGUACGAAUAUCGAUCCGUGCACUUGCUGAAUGGCGGCGGCGAGCACUUCAAGGACGAGUACACGACACUCAAUCCGAACCAGCGCCUUCCGACACUCGUUGUGGACGGCAAGGUGCUGCCGCAGUCUGUCGCCAUUCUCGAGUUCUUGGAGGAGACGCAUCCAGAGAAGCCGCUUCUACCCAGCGACCCGUUCGCUCGCGCCCAGGUCCGCAAUCUUUGUGCCAUUAUCGGCUGUGACAUCCAGCCGAUCCAGAACUUGACGGUACAAGUCAAGGCAACGGAGGAAGUACCUGAGGAUCAACGAGUCGCCAAGAAGCAGGCGUGGGGAAGAUUCUGGAUCGAACGAGGCUUUGAAGCGCUGGAGCGAGAACUGGCCAAGACAGCGGCCACGUACUGCUUCGGGGACGAGAUCACGCUCGCGGAUCUGUAUCUGCAGCCGCAAGUGUACAAUGCCAACCGCGUCGGUGUGGACAUGACCAAGUACCCGACCAUUUCUCGAAUCUCCGCGAGUCUAGAGAUGUUACCAGCAUUCCAGAAGGCUCAUCCGUCCCAACAACCUGAUGCAGUCAACUGAUGGUCAAUAAUUGACACACGUCGAGCACGGUUUAGAUAUUUUCUAUUGAGACUUGUAUUUGAUCUAUUGGGUUUGUUUGAAAGAGCGGAGUUUCUCUUUGACUGCCUUUAGAUGCUUCUUAAUUGUCCGGACUUGCUGUUUGUCCACUUCACUUCGA